GUUAAUAUUUCUGUAACAACAAGAAUGGUUUAACUCAGAAAUUAUUACUCAUUCUAUUUCCAAAUGAUCCAUGUUUUAAAAAAAAAAUUCAGACAAAAUAUAUAUUUGUACAUUUUAAUGCAUUUUAUUAGAUAAUAAUGGUAAAUUUCAAAUUUUGAAAAAUUAAUUGUUAUUAAAAUUUGCUUUACAUAAUUUUUUUUGAAAAAUAUGUAAUCACAAAACAAUGCAUAGUAGAAACUUAUGAUAUUUUUUAAAAUGUAUGUGAAAAUUGUAAAACAUAUUUUUAAACAAAAUGAGUAAUAUUAUUUUUUGAAAAAGUUUGGAAAAUAAAGAAAAACCGGUCGCCUCUCUUUCAGAACCAGGGAGUUAGGUUUAUCGUCACCUUCCUUCCAUCUCUCUCCCUCUCUCAGACCACGAUUCCGUUGCAAGGGUUUAGGGUUUUACAGUGAAAUGACUUUCUUUCUAAUUCAUAGCUUGUGAAUGCGUAGAUCCAUUUCGUCUGGGUCCGCUUCGAUAACUAAAAGGUUCCUUCUUUCUAAACAUCCCCUGCAUAUAGCUCCUCCCUCCUCUAGACUCUGUGGUUCACGAGCUUUCUCUAAUCACCGAGACACUCCGAGAAGCGAUCUCCACAAUCUCCACCUCGACGAAGCUCUUGAGCUAUUCACUCGCAUGUCUCACUCCCGUCCCCUCCCUUCCUUGGGCGAUUUCACCAGACUACUCACCGCAAUCGCCGCAAUGGAGGAGGACGAGGAGGAGAGAUACGACGUCGUGGUCUCUCUCUUCGACCAGAUGCGAAGAAUCGGAGUCUCGCCUCUUCUCUACACUUGCAACAUCGUAAUCAACUCUUUAUCCCAAUCCUCUCGGCCUUAUUACACAGCUUUCGCCUUUCUUGGGAAGAUGACGAAGCUUGGGUUCGAGCCUGACGUGUUCACGUUCACUUCUCUGAUCAAUGGUCUCUGUUAUAGGAAUAGAGUUGAUGACGCUGUAGCUUUGUUUGUUAAGAUGGUGGAGAUCGGGUGUAGUAGGCCUAAUGUUGUCACCUACACGACUCUGAUUCACUGUCUUUGCAAGAACAGACACGUGGAUCACGCGGUGGAACUAUUCAACCAGAUGGAAAGGGACGGGGUUCGAGCCAAUGUUGUUACUUACAACUCUUUAGUAAAAUGUCUUUGCGAUUGUGGUAGAUGGGGUCACGCAGCUCUGCUUCUGAGAGAUAUGAUGGAGAGGAGAAUCCGCCCGAAUGUGAUCACUUUCUCCGCGUUGAUCGACGCGUUUGCGAAAGCUGGGAAGGUUCUGGACGCUGUGGAACUGUUCGACGUGAUGAGGGAGAUGUCUAUAGAGCCUAACGUUUUCACUUACAACUCUUUGAUCAAUGGGUUUUGCAAGCACGGUCGUUUAGAAGAAGCUAUGAGUAUGUUUAACUUGAUGGAGAGAAAGGGCUGCGUGCCGGAUAUAGUGACUUAUACUACUCUCAUACAUGGAUUCUGCAGGUCCAAGAGGGUAGAGGACGGUGUGAGACUCUUUAACGAGAUGUCCUUGAAAGGACUAGCUGCCAACACAGUCACUUACACGGUCUUUAUCCAAGGUUAUUGUCUAGUUGGCAAACCUAUCGUUGCGCAAGAAGUGUUCAACCAGAUGGGUUCUUCUUACAAUGCGCCUCCCGAUAUCAGGACCUACAACGUUCUGCUAGAUGGGCUGUGCUGUAACGGGAAAGUAGAGAAAGCGUUGAUGAUAUUUGAGUACAUGCGGAAGAGAGAAAUGGAUGUUAGUAUUGUUACGUAUACUAUUGUGAUUCAAGGGAUGUGCAAGGCGGGGACUAAUCCAUGAAGCUGAUGCGUUGUUUAGAAAAAUGAAAGAAGAUGGGUUCUUACCAAAUGAGCGUGUGUCUUAAGUAGGUGAACUCAUGCGGAGUUAGAGAUACCAUGAUGCUUUUGAUCUCAAGCAGUUUCGGGAGAGGACACACAGGUUAUAGUAUAUUACAGGUUAGAAACUCAUUGCUUCAGGAUAAUGUAUGUUGUAUUGGAUAUAAUUAAUAAUUGUUGUGGAUUGUAACUUUGUAGGUGCAGUUUAGAUUUGCCAUACCUCGACAGACAUGAAUUCUGUAAUGAUUCAUGGUACAAGGAGAUGGCAUCUUGACAGUUUUUUUUCCGUUGAAGACUUGUUUCUACCUUCAAGGUUCUGCAUUAUUGAAGUGGAAUAGUAUUUCUCUAGAAAUAUAAUCAAUGUAUAGAUAAAUAGAUAGACGAGAAGGUAUGUGUGUAGGACAUGUAAAGAUUGGUCAAGAAGCUUGUUGAGCUUUGUGUCUUGUGAAUCUCUACUUGUGUAAGAGGAUUUGGAUUUUGUGAAAGAAAUCCUUUUUGGACUUUACUAAAUGUAAACUACUACAUCAAGAGGGGAUACAAUAAACGGAAUUAUCCGAUUUAAACCAAACAAAACCCGGUUCAAUCCCAGUUUCCUUAUAAUUUGGACUUGAAAAUGCUAAGAAAUCCAUAAUUUAGUUAUAUAUAUUUUUUUAAAGGUAUAUUUUUGGUGAAGAUAAGAAUACAGUAAUUUGGUCAAGCAGAAGGUGAUAUUUAUUUGAAUUUUGACAAAUGAGAGUAUUUUUGU